AUGGCUCCUACUAAGUAUACUCUCAAUGAGUUACACAAAAUCUUUGCUAGAUUCUUUUGGAGCAACAAAGAGGAAGGAAGAAAUAGACAUUGGCCUGCUUGGCUGAAAUUAUGUGUUCCGAAAAGUGAAUGGGGUCUAGGAUUCAAUUCAUUAUUUGAUGUAUCUAAAGCUUUGUUUGCAAAGUUAUGGUGGAGGUUUAGAAUAGGAGGGACUAUAUGGCCACUUUUCUGUGGAACAAGUAUCAAAAGGAAGAUUCCAACUCUGCUUCAAUGGAAAGGAGGUUCUCAGCUUUGGAAAAACAUACUGGAGGCUAGGGAUGCCGUUGAGAAGGAGAUAUGGUGGGAGAUAAGAGAUGGAUCAGCUAAUUUUUGGUAUGAUAAUUGGACUAAGCUAGGUCCAUUAGCUGAUAUCAUGCCAUCUAACUUCCCUAUAGAUGACAGUAUUCAAGAAGUGAAGGAUGUGAUGAUUAAUAACAGAUGGAAUGUUCAAAAACGUCAACAAACUGUUCCUGAAGAUGUAAUGGAGCAUAUUACAAGAAACUGCUGGAGCGAUGAAGGCUAUAGAUCCAUGGAUAAGGUUUGGUGGUUGCUUAAUAGUAGUGGUGUUGUUCUCAGCCACAACAAGAAACCAUGGAACAUGUCUUCCUUACAAGUGAAUAUGCAGUUGGAGUGUGGAAAGUGUUUUGCAGAUGCAGCUGGGGUACAAGGUCCUUUUGUUCAGAUUAAACAAACUGUCAAGAAAUGGUGGGAUACUGAAUGUUCUACUAAGUUGAAGCCUUUAUAUCAAGCAGCUCCAGCAUUUAUUAUGUGGCAACUAUGGAAGAGAAGAAAUGCAGUGGUUCAUGGAGAGAAAAUGUCAAGACACAAGGUUCUGUAUGAGAUUAAUAGGAAUUUGAUUCAGUUUGCACGGACAAGUGAUGGGGCCUCAAAAGGAAAUCCUGGUCCUAGUGCUUUUGUAUUUUGUGUAAGGAAUCAUGAAGGCAAUCUUAUUCAUGCAGUUGCUAGGAGAAUUGAUGAUACCACUUGCUUAGUGGCUGAAGCUAAAGCUAUGUAUGAUGGCAUUAGAUAUUGUGUACAGAAGCAGCUUAUUCUUUUGUUUUUAGAGACUGAUUCACUUGGACUUUUGAAGUUUGUAGAAGGAGAAUGGGAUGUUCCAUGGAUUAUUUGUAUGGAGGAAAUAUAUCUUUUGAUUCAUUCAUUGAAUUUCCAGUAG